AUGGCUUAUGGAAUCUCCAGGCCGCCGCCGGCCCUCCGAUGGCAGAACUUGGCCGCCGAGGCAGACAGAACACGUCCGCGCCCGGUGGCACGGAAUGCACAGAAAAUCGGUACAGAGAAUAGCUCUGAGCACAUGCUGUUCGUGCCUUCUGCGCAGAGGCAAAGCCGCAGCCGGGGAAUCUUCGGGAGCUGGCGCCUCGGUGCUUUGCCGGGCGCCUUGGAAGCAAUUGAAAUGAAGUUCCGCAUCCGCUGUGGCGCUGGUGUCGUCCGAGAUUGGCAGGACUUCUGCCACAGACCUCGAAGCAGAGGCCAAGUGCUCUUCAGCGGAGCAUGGCUACGCUUGGGUACCUUCUUCCUUUGGCAGGUGGAGCUUUCUCAUGGUUCUGACGGCACCCGUGUCUUCACCGCUGGGCGCGCUCACAGCAGCGAGCUGGCUUGUGUGUGGAAUUACCGACACGCACGCAGUCCCGCCGUGGCCGUGGGAUACGGGUCGAGCUUUGUUCGAAGCCACUUCCGGCAGGCCUCAGCUCUCAGCUCUCAGUCUGCUCUGCUUGCAUUUCAAGAACGCACCGGUUUCUCGCCAGAAGCUGCGAGUGGCUUGGAAGGGCCUGUGCCACUUGUGAUUUCUGCGAUGCGCAGUGGCUUGCUAGGUGCACUGAUGCUGGUGUGGCUUGUCUCCGUCUUGUUCUGCCUACUUGGCAGAUACUCAGGUGCGGGGAGUAGCAGUAGCUGCUGA